AUCGAGCACAGGCGGGGCUAUACCGGGCCUUGGUGAAGCGGCAGGCGAGACUAGCACGCAGUCGGGAAUCUGGUCGUAAGGGUAUCCUUGGUUACCUGAACAGAAAGGGGAACCGCUUGGCUGGUCGGACAGCUCCUGCGACGGGUGGUAUUGUACAUAGAAGGCUGGCGCAAAGCACCGGGGCUUUGCGAGCGGGAAGAACCAAGAGCUCAGGCCUCACGCCAAUGUCACAGUACGAGCCUUCAUCCUCGUCAGCAUGGGGCUCUAGUACUGGGCGGGAGAGGGGAGCGCGCCGCAAGAAGGUCUUUGACUACUUGAAGGCUGCCAAUGAGCUGCGCCAAACCUAUGCUGCGCAAUGGUCGGCGCAGAUCGGUGGCCAGAGCGACUAUGACGACUAUCGUGAUACCCCGGGCGCAUUCCCGGACGUUGAGAUUGCGCGAUCCGAAUUUGAAGAGAUGGUGAUAUUCCCGAGCUAUGCGAGGCGAUUGGUGAAACAUGAGCAUGUGGAUUCAUACUAUAGCCGCCGUCGAGGAUCAAAUGCCACCAUUGAGGAGUAUCGGGGCGAGUCCGAUGGCUUUGGCACAGGCAUGCCGAUAUGGGAUGAGCUGGAAGACCAGAAUGCGAUCGUCGCAGUCGAUGUGCGUGGCUGGGUAUACGCACCUCAUCGCGGGCCGAUGACUCGAAAACAUCGUCUGAUGGUCGCUCUCGCUAGAAAGCUCAGCGGAGUACCAGCUCCUAUGAACAGCACGAAUGACGGUGAUGAACAUAAUGCAAAUGACUCUAGGACUGAGAAGGGGGACGAAGAGCUGGUCAAUACGCAGGCACAAUCGAUCAUUAAGCAGGCUGAAAAGGAGGCUGAUCCCGUAUGGAAAGACAGCGCAGAAGAUCGUGGUGCCCAAAAUACUCCCGGACGACCUCUCCAGAGGGCAGCAACGGCACCGCUGAGCAAGGAUGAACUCUCCGUCGCCAAUGCGCACCUCCUGGAGCGAUUACGCCCUUUCUUGACGAACCCGGUAACAGGAAUUCCCGUCACUGUCUUCUUCUUCAACAACGACAAAAGUCAGUCGAGGAGCGUGAUGACCGAUGAGUCCGGUCACUUUCGCCUACGAGCGUCACUACCUUUUAUCCCGACUCACGCCCGUGUGCUAGCCUCCGAGGAUCUCUCAGCUGUGAAGGAAGUCAAGGUCAUCGAGCCCACGGGCGUUAGCUUGAUCAGCGAUAUCGACGACACGGUAAAACAUUCUGCUAUUGCUAGCGGGGCCAAGGAGAUGUUUCGCAACACCUUCGUCCGCGAACUGAACGAGUUGACGGUCGACGGUGUUACUGACUGGUAUGGCAAGCUGGCGAAAAUGGGAGUCGACCUGCACUAUGUCUCUAAUGCCCCCUGGCAACUCUAUCCUCUUCUGGAACGCUACUUCAAGCUCGCCGGCCUGCCCCCGGGUUCUUUCCACUUGAAACAAUACAGUGGUAUGCUUCAGGGGAUAUUCGAGCCUACGGCGGAAAGGAAGAGGGGCUCUUUGGAGCAGAUUUUGAGAGACUUUCCUACCCGCAAGUUCAUUCUCGUUGGAGACAGCGGUGAAGCGGAUUUGGAGGUAUAUACCGACAUCGUUCUAGCAAACCCGGGACGGAUUCUUGGAAUCUUCAUUCGCGACGUCACCACCACCGAUCGACAGAAAUUCUUCGAGAAAUCAGUGGACCACUUGGAACAUGAUUUGAACCGGAGCCGCAGCAGUCCGCAGCUUGUGGAAACUUCUGAUGCCGUGUCUAAACGUCCGGCAUUACCACCUCGGCGGCCCGUGGAAACAGCCUAUCCGUCCGCGGAUGCCGUGAGCCUAGACAACGCUGACUUGAUUGAUCUUAGCGACGAGGUGGAACAGAAGAUGUCUUUGGCUGAUGUGAAGAAGCCCUCCACCGGGCGCGGACCACCCGCGAAACCUUCCAAGCCCUCCGCGUUGCGCUCAGUCUCGACUAAUCCAGACAUGAGCAAAGACGAGCAGCCUUCACUUCAAGAAACAGCCAAACGAAAACCUGUGCCACCACUACCCCCACGCCGCUCUUCCACUAAGUCCGAUGUUUCGUCCGACAACAUACUUGAUACCGAGAAUAAUACGCCUGUGAAUAAUAUAGCGAGACCAAUGUCCGUACGUCCUAAGCCUAGCUUACAAGAUAUCUCCAACGACAACGGGACUGGCACGAGGUCGACUCGCUCAAAGCAAGCACCGCCACCUCCUCCACCACGCAGAACCAACACAGGAACUUCAACCCCGGGUUCUAUCUCGUCACAGCAAACUAUCAACCGCCCAACACCCCCACCCCUUCCCCCGAAACAAUCAUACCCCGCAUCUGCAGCCACAGCAGCGCUACAAUACGCCUCCGACCGUUUGAACUGGUCUCCAACCCCAUCGAACAUUCUCCGACCGGCCCAGCCAAACUCCUCAGCAAGCAGGUCCAGCACCAGCGUCGACAGUAGCACUCCGAACUCAACGGCGGUCCCAGCAGCCCCUUUGCCCAACAAACGAGAGGAACUAUGGCGACGUCGCUGGGAACGCGCCCAAGAACUUCUGGAAAAGCAAGGCGUGGUGCUGGGCAGUUGGCGCGUGGGCCAAGAUGCACAGGACGUGAGUUGCUGGUUGGUAGAGGAGGCGAUGAAGGAUAUGAAACGGGGGUGAGGAGUAAGCUAGCCCGGAGGGUGGCAGAGCCAAGACCCUGGUUGGUCAUUUUGCAUAUACACAUACGUAUAUAUAGCCUCUCAGCGUCUUCUGGGAGGUUGUAUAGCCUCAAUACAUUUGAAAAGUAAUAGAUACCAUUAGUGUGGGCAGCUUAG